UUCAAGAUGGCGCAAACUGUCAAAGUUGUCUAUAGUCUGCAAAAUAAUCAAUAACUUUUAUUGCUUUCAUAAUUUAAGAUUAAGAUUUUUACCGAUAUGAGUUUAAAUGCCUGAUUUAGUGAAUUUAUAUUGUCGAAUUUUAAUUUCGAAAACUCAUUUAUACUUUGUCUUCGCCAAUUUUCCACACUGAAAAAAUCGAAACAUUGUUUUAAGUGGAGCAAUUUUAAAAAAAAAUUGUCAAUGAAAGGAGGAUAAACACGUUAUGUUUGAUUAUAAACAAUUAUGAAGUAUUAAAAUUAUUGUCAGUGGCUAAUUUUCAAAAGAGAAAUUUUUCACAAGAGAGAAUGCAGAAGCAAAAGUGUGAAAAUAGAGACCGAUAGGUUUUAUUUGGGAAAAGCAAUGCAAAGCAUUGUCAGCAGAAAUAUGCGAGUGUUAUUGGCAACCGGUUCCUCGGUAUGGCCAGAUCAUUGAGAACUGAGAAUGUCUCAAACGGCAGAUGCUGAGAGCGAGGCAGGGUCGAUUUGUGACGAAGAACGAGUGAGAAAACUCUUUCAGGCAUGUGACGGUGACGGCGACGGUUUUAUAACCAGUCAGGAUUUACUAAUUGUGUGCAGAGAGCUAAAUCUAGAGAAUUCUGUGGAAGAACUAAUGAGAGAGUUAGGCGCUGAUGAACAUGGUCGAAUUUCUUAUCAAGAAUUUUUUAGACGUCGAUUAGCUUUACGACCAGAAAUUGAGGCAUUGAGAAGAACAAGUCCUCAGACACAUACUUCGGAAUAUCUUCCAACCAGUAGUGAUAACAGUCUUGGAACUGUAUCUGGUAGACAUGACAAUUGGGAGUUUGACAGUGGCGCCCGGGACCUGUCACCGGAGCCUCACACCUUACAAAAAUUGGUAGAAGCAGCUGCUGGUGCAAAUAAGUUGCAAAUUGCAGCUCUGUCAUCAUUGCGAUCGGAAGUAACGGAACUAAAUUCGAGACUCUUGAUUGCAAAUCGAGCACGAGAAGCUGCGGAGACGGCGUUGAUUAAAGCGGAAACGUUGACGGCAAGAGCAGAACAACGAGCGGAGCAACAAAAUAUUCGACAUGAGGAAAGAUUGACGGAACUUCACUCUGUGAUAGCUGAACUCGGUAGACAAUUGGAGCGACAGCGGGCGAAUAUUAUUGCCGAAGAAGAUGAAUCUGAAAUCGAAACGAGUCGAGACGCCGAAGGUUCAGUCACUAAUCCUGUUGACGAAAAUGAAGCCUUCAUUCUAGGAGACGGAGACAGAACUUCUAGUUGCUGCGAAGAAGUGGGACGAAGACUGAAUGAAGGGAGAGAACAAUUAGACAGUCCUGCAGAUUUACCAACGCCGGAAACAACUCAACAGACAGUUUCCUAUCAAAAUGUAGCAGUCGCAGCUUUACAAGACGAAGUGAUAGCUCUUCGGUCGGAAAUUUCUUCACUGCAUAUACAAUUAGCGCAGUAUAGGAAUCAAUCGCAUGGACAAUGUUCGGCUCAACCUACUUGCAGUGAUUCACCUCGUCGAGACUUCAGAACGAGGGGGAAUUUAAGUUCGCCAGAACCUCUAACGGCGCCUUGCUCUCCUCUUCUGCCACCUUUGCAAACAGCUCCCAUUUCAAAAAGUGUAACCAGAGAAGAUGUGCCAAUUUUGAAGAUGGCGGAAAGAGUGAGACUGAGAAGAACCGACGAGAGGCAUAUUACUGGUCCCGACAUAGCUAAUCUUGGAGUCUGCUCCACGAUGGUUGCCGAGCAUUUGGUCUCGGACCUUUUGGAACAUUCGAAUCUACACGAAUUCAAUGGAUCGGAAAAGCAGUUUGAAGUGGAGAGUGAACGACUAAAUAGUAGAUUAGAACACGCACGGGCUAAUAACGCGGUUCUUGCUUUAACGCUUCACGAAAGUAAAGCACAAUGUGAUAGACUUAGUCUUCUUGUCGGAAAAUAUGAAUCGAAUGCAAUAGCGUUGCGACUUGCACUUACGUACAGCGAUCGAAUGAUUGAAGCCUACGACGUGCUCGUGGCACUCCUGGAAAGUGAAUUAGCUUCAUCUGUCGAUAGACGCAUCGAUAAUAGAAGGGUAAUUGAAAAUGUGGCUCAUGUUCUAAAUAAACUCGAAAAUGACUGCUCUCAUCUCAGUGCACCUUGGGAAGACAACUUGAUUUUGUCGGAUGGAUCCGAAGUGACAUGGAGUGAGGACGAUGAGCAACGUUUGAAAAAUCACAUCAGCAGAUUAAAGAGGGACCUGUCAAUGGUGCAAUCGACAGUUGUGGAAUUUGAAAGUGUCCACGUCGAGCCACUGAAUUCAAAACACACAAUAUCUUUGGCAGAAGCUCGAAAAUUGGAUUUGGAAACCGCUGUCCUUAUGCAGGAGUUGAUGGCUUUGCGGGAGGAUAAGGCUGAACUACGAGCCCGUAUAUUUUUACUCGAAAAAGAGCGGGCAACAAUAGAAAUUAAAUUAAAUGCAAGAGAUGCACAAAUUCAACAUCUUCAAGCCCAACUGUUAAUAAUGGGAAACAAAGAUCGAGGUCUCAGUGUCAAUGAAAGUGAAGGAAUUGAAUCCGAAUUGUUAGAGGCACUCGGAAGAGAACAACGUUUAAAAGAACGUUUACAAGAGCUCGUGUCAACGUUGGAUAAAGUUAACAAAAAUUCCGAAUUGAGGCAUCAACCUGAACUUGUCAACGAUUUAAAACGUGCAAAUGGAGCACUCGUUCAGUCAUUGGAAAAGUCAAAGAAAAAACAUCAGUCGAGAUUAAAAAAAAUGGAACAACAAAUGGUGACGAUGGUGGAAAAUCAUUCAGCACAAGUGAUAUCGUUAAAGCAACAAAUUACUCUGCUGGAAGAAGGAAAGGGCAGUUUACAUCUGCAGUCACAAAGUUCUUUAUGACAGAGUGAAUGAAUGUGAUUAGUGACUUGGACUUUUAUAAUUACAGUCUUUAACAUGCGCAGCAAACAUUAUAAGUGAAAUUAACGAACUUAGUAAAUAUUGAAUUUUAACAAAAAUAUUUACAUAUGUACAUAAGCACAAACGAAGUGAUAAAAGUAAGUCAAAAGCAAUUGCUUCUUGUCUUUUAAGUGUAAGAAAAUUUUUUUACGAUAAAUGCAUUUUGUAUAUUACGUAUUUACAUCUCGAAUAAACAUUUGAUGUUGUUUUUAAUAA